AUGGAAGUAUGCCAUGGUCCUCCGGUUCCUCCAAGCGAGAAAACCUUUUGUGUUUCCCCAGCUACUUCAAAUGGUAUGCCCGCGACAAAGAAUUCGGAGCGUAAACAGAGAUUGGUAAUUCGUUUCAAAAGGCAAAAUGCGGACAGCGACGGUAGUACUGCUGGAAUUAACCCAAGUCCAGUGGACAAGGCCGAAGAAAUGGAAAGCAAGAAGGAGAUUCCGAAGAGGAUAAAGAAGUUUCCGGUGGCGCUAUCGAGGGAAGAAAUCGAAGGGGAUCUGGCAUUAUUGACAGGUGGGAAGAUACCGAGAAUGAAGCAGAAGAGACCAAGGAGCGUGCAUCAACAUAACGACCAUCUUUUCCCAGGUGCGCACUUGGGUUCAAUUAGGGCAAAGAAUUACAAUGUCCCCUAG